AUGUCAGAAUUACCCUCCUCCUCAUCAACAACAACAAAUGAUGAAUCGAAAUCACUUGAUAAUUUAUUGGAUGAUGCUUUAGCAGAUUUUAAAGAAAGUUCAACUGUAAAAAAAGAAUCAGUAAUCAGUUCAUCUGAUACAGCACCACCACCAUCAGAUCCAUUACAAACAACAUUUGAAGCCAUGUGUUUUAAUGAUGAAAAAUUUUUAAAUGAACUUGAUUCAAUUCCAAAUCUUUUAUCAAAUUUUCCAUUUGGUUUAGGUGAAACAACGAAUGAAAAUGAAACAGACACAAAUAAUAUAUUUAAUGUUUUUUCUCAAUUGGGUAAACAUGCUGAAUUAUUACAAAAAAUAAAAGAUGAAGAUAUUGAAAAAGCAUUAGAAAAAUUAGCUGAUCAACCAAAUACAACCUUAACAACAGAAGCAACAACAAUAACAAAUGAACCACAUGUUGAACAAUUAAAUUUAUUUAUGUCAAGUAUAUUAUCAAAAGAUGUUAUGUUACCAGCAUGUCAAGCUGUUGAUGAAUCAUAUGAAGAAUGGUUAACAAAAAAUAAAGAUAAUUUAACUGAUGAAGAAUUUCAACGUUAUACAAAACAACAUCAAUGUGUUAAAGAUAUAUGUCGAGAAUAUGAAACAGUAUCCAAUGAUAAUCAACAAAUUCAACGUGUAUUACAAAAAUUUCAACAAUUACAAACAUAUGGUGAUCCACCAAAAGAACUUUUAUUUUUUCCUGGUUUACCCGGUUUUGGUGGAUUAGGUAGUGGUGAAGAAAAUUUAUUUGGUGAUGCAUUUUCAGAGGUCGAUAAUAUUGGACAAAAUGAAAGUGAAUGUUGUUUGAUGUAA